AUGAACCGCCUCGGGCUGGCGGGGGCCAAAUACAGACGGCUCUUCACACGGCAGACGCUCUUGAUCGCCCUCGCGCUGUGCAUCGUCUGGAUACUCGGCGUGCAGUUCCGCGGUGACAUCACGCAGCAAUGGUCGGAUCUUGGUUUGCCAGACACGCGGAAACGACCACAGCGCAUGCCCACACACAAUGUACUACCGCCACUAGCUGAACGCGUGGCCUGCCAUGGCCCCCGCGGCCAUCUGCUCGGGCAGAGCCCCGACGACGAUUUGGUGGAGAGCGAAGUGGAUGGCCCGUACCCGAUGCCUUGGGCGGGCAACUACGAGGAAACCGGCCUCAACCUGACCAUGAUGUCGGUGAGGCAGCGAUACGGGCCGUAUGGUUUCGGUGACAACCGCAGCGACUACAAAAGGCAAAAGGUGGAUUGGGACCAGGUCGAUUGGGGCCAGCUGCAGAACGACUGUUUCCAGCGCAACAGGGACCGCUUCCCGAUGGCCGCCACCCGGUUCGAGGACACCCGCAUCACGAAGCCCCGGUUCAGCUUCCGCGAGUCGACGAAGAUCCCCCCCGUCCGCCACUGGCACGAGUUCGAGGCGUCGCGGCGCACGGCAAUCGUGGUGCGCGCCUGGCGCGGGUACGAGUACCUGCCCGAGGACAUGUACUAUCUCCGGUCGCUCGUCGCCGAGACGGCCCUCAAGACGGGCGGCGAGUACCAGGUCAUCUUGCUCGUCGACAUGAAGGAUUACGAAGGUUAUGAGAAUGACAUCUUCUCAUCCGACGAUGCAUACGCUCGAGGUCUCGAGGACGCUGGCGUUCCCCCCGAGUUCCAAUCCAUCACCCUUUUGUGGUCGGUUCGCCUACUCGAGGACUGGUAUCCCAUGAUUGAAGAACACCGGACUAUGUGGCAGGUGUUCCAGCCGAUGCAGCUCCUCGCACUGCACUACCCCGAGUUCGACCACUUCUGGCAGCUCGAGCUGGACAUGCGGUUCCUCGGCGACGCGGGCAAGUUCCUCGACCGGCUCGCAGCCACGGCGCGCAACGAACCGCGCAAGCAGGCGCUCGAGCGGUCCACCUUCUGGCACAUGAUCGCCGAGAUCGGCGACUACGGCGAGUUCUUCGCGGCGGUCAACGAGGCCAACCGGGGCGGGUCGCACGCGUGGGGCCCGCUCAAAGUGAACGAGAUCCUACCCAUCGGGCCCGAGCCUCCCGUGGCGGACCCGCGCGACGAAAACUUCGAGUGGGGCGUUGGCGAGGAGGCCGACGUAAUCACCACCUCGUAUUGCAUGGACGCGCUCAUCCCCAACGAGUGGGUGUUCAAGAACUGGAUCCACGGCUUCCGCACAGGCCCGCGCACCCCGCGCUUUUACUGCCCGCCGGCUAUCCAGCGCGGCUCGCGCAGCCUCUACCUCGCCAUCCACCAGGCCCAGAUGGAGCAGGGCGUGCGCAUCCCCUCGGAAGCUACGCUCCCGUCCUUCGCGCUCUGGCACGGCCUCAAGCUUGCCUUCCCGCAGCACCCCGUCUUCCACCGCGACAAGGACAACCACCAGGACCGGCGCGGCUGGUGGCGCGGCGGGCCCCGCGCCAGCUCCACCGGCCUCGGCCCGGACGACUCGGCCCACCCCAACGGCCGCGGCCUGACCUUCUGGUGGGAGUCGACCUGGGCCAAGAACGUCUUCAACGAGUGGUACGGCCGCAAGCUCGACGGCAACAAGCCCCGCCCCUGGAUCAUCAAGGAGUGGGACAAUGAGCUGUGGCUGCCGAAUAUGAUGCUCCAUCCGGUGAAGCAUGUGGUGCCCAAGAAAUAG